AUGAAUAUGUUGGAUGAUGAAGAUGACCAAAGCUUUCACGCUACGCGUGAUGGCUACUCCCAUUUGAGCGAUGUCGAAUGGGAUGCGGUUGAACGAAUGGGUUCGACCAUGGGCAUCCAUGCUGUUAGCGUCAUGCUAGAGGCUCUCAAUAGAGAUGCCCAACAUGCUACUAUCGCCAAGUUCAUUCAAAAUGAACUUGACGCAGAACGCGAGAAAGUAGCCUUGCUUCGCCAACAAGGUUCUCAACAAGCAGAGUUGUUGAGAGAACAGGGUGCUCAACAGUUUGAACUGUUGAGACAGCAGCAGGCUGCUGCUGGUGGGUCGAUGCACUCGCGUCGACCCGAGACUUUGAAGAUUGACAUCUCCAAGUAUAGGGGAGUCGAAGAGGACUCCCUCUUGAGAUGGUUCGUCGAAUUGGAUCACGCCAUAAGGGCGCGUCGCAUCGACGAUAGGGAUAUGCAAGUUGCAUUUCCCCAAUCAAGUCUGGCAGGACGUGCCAAGACUUGGGCACUGGGGCUCAAGUUGCACGACCCAUAUUCGUUUGGGUCGUUAUAA